AUGGCAUCGACAAUUCCUCCUCCUACGGGCGGCGGGAGCGGCGGGCCUCACACUCAACACUCUUUACCUUCGCUGCCAGUUCACCUCCAAUCCGACACGCACAUCACCGGGCACUUAGCCAGUCGCUUCCAUGUGUCCCAUCCGACUGCGAAGCUGUCCUCUCACGCUCUGGUUUGCCUAAACACUUACACAUCCUCCAGUAAGGGCCCAGAUGGCGGCAAGCCCGGCAGCGCCAUGGCAGGCGCCGAAGACAUGGCUGACCGUGCCUGGAUGAGGCUGGGUCACCGAUCUGAGAAUCAAGCUGUUGUAUUCUUAGGAGAAUCUGGAUCUGGCAAAUCUACCAUCCGGAGCCAUUUGCUUACUGCCCUGUUGGAUAAAUCGUCCACACCUCAUUCGAACAAGCUGUCUCUGGCUGCGUACGUCUUCGAUUCUCUCACAACGACGAAAACUGCCACCACCCCUACCGCCUCCAAGUCUGGCCUCUUUUACGAGCUGCAAUACGAUACAUCAGCGACGACUAAUCCAAUCCUGAUUGGUGGUAAGCUUCUUGACCACCGCCUGGAGCGUAGCCGUCUUGCCGACGUUCCUACUGGGGAGCGAAACUUUCACGUCCUCUAUUAUCUGCUGGCUGGUACCAGUCAAGCCGAAAAGACCCAUCUCGGUCUUGAUGACGGUGCCAGCGGGUCUAAACGUUGGAAGUAUCUGGGCCACCCAACUCAACUCAAGGUGGGAAUCAACGAUUCAGAGGGCUUCCAGCUUUUCAAGACGGCUUUGAAAAAGCUCGAGUUUCCAAGGAAUGAUAUUGCUGAGAUCUGCCAAAUCUUGGCCGCCAUUCUUCACAUCGGUCAGCUCGAGUUCGAGUCUACCAACAAUACAAGCGCCACUGCCGAUGACAGCGGGGGCUUCUCUCACGAAGGCGGUCAGACCUCGACGACUGUGCGGAAUAAGGAUGUUCUUAGCAUCAUCGCUGCCUUCCUAGGCGUCAGUGUGGGCGACCUUCAGAGCACCUUGGGUUACAAGACCAAGAUGAUUCAUAAGGAGCGUGUGACAGUUAUGCUCGACCCUGCUGGAGCACGAGCACACGCCAAUGAACUGGCCAGAACACUCUAUUCGCUGCUUGUUGCCUGGAUACUGGAGAGCGUGAAUCAGAGAAUCUGUGCUUCGGAGGAGGACAUUGCCAAUACCAUAUCCAUUGUUGACUUUCCAGGGUUUUCUCAGCAAUCUGCCACCGGCUCCGCGCUCGACCAACUGCUCAACAAUGCUGCCACUGAGGCUAUUUACAACGUUACUUUGCACAACUUCUUCGAUCGCAAAGCCGAAAUGUUGGAAUCGGAAGAGGUCAGCGUCGCCCCCACCAGCUAUUUCGACAAUUCAGACGCUGUGAAGGGCCUUCUCAAACCCGGAAACGGACUUUUGAGCAUCCUUGAUGACCAAACCCGGCGCAACAAGACUGACAUACAGUUUCUUGAGAGCUUGAGAAGGCGCUUUGAAGGCAAGAAUCCUGCCAUCGAGGUGGGCUCUUCUACUGCCAAGCUUCUUGGUAGCAACUUUUAUACCGAGAAUGCGGCCGCAUCAUUUACUGUCAGACAUUUCGCUGGUGAAGUCGAGUAUCCAGUAAAGGGUCUAAUCGAGGAGAACGGCGAAGUUGUCUCUGUUGAUUUGCUCAACAUGUUCAACUCUACCAAGAGCGAGUUUGUUGGCAGAUUGUUUGGUCAAGGUGUCCUUCAAACCGUCAACCAUCCCGCCGAGAAGUCAACUGUCAUGCAGGCGACUAUCAGCUCUAAGCCCAUGCGUGCCCCUAGUGUUGUGUCUCGCAAGGGUAGAAGAGGUCGCGGUGCCGCUUCUCAACGUCGUCAGCAAGAGAGCAAUCUCUUUGACGGCGGUAAUACUCAUACCGAAUCCCGAAGUCCCAAGGGAGGCAAUAAAACUGGCAUCGAGCAAGGUGCCGCGGGACAGUUCCUGUCUUCUCUGGACAAUGUCCAGAAGGCUGUUACGGAGCCAGGCACGAAUGCUUAUUUUGUCUUUUGCCUGAAGCCCAAUGACCGCCGAAUUGCGAACCAGUUCGAUAGUAAAUGUGUGCGUACUCAAGUCCAGACAUUUGGCAUAGCCGAGAUUAGCCAGAGGCUUCGAUCUGCCGAUUUUAGCAUAUUCCUUCCCUUUGGCGAGUUUCUUGGAAUGGCUGAUGCCGAAACCAUCUUGGUAGGCAGCGAAAGAGAGCGCGCCGAAAUGGUCGUUGAAGAAAAACGCUGGCCUAGCAAUGAAGUGCAGGUCGGUUCAACUGGUCUCUUCCUCAGUGAGCGGUGCUGGAUGGAACUUGCUCGCCUAGUCGACGUCUCUACAGCACAAGGCCGUUUCACGGUACCGUCAUCUGAUGGCUAUGGUAAUGACGGGGUGACGCCAGGAGAGCGCGACAUCUUUGGCGCCUCCAAGGAACAACUAUUGUCAGGAGGGAACACGCCUCUUAUGUAUGGCGAGAAGGGCAGACCUGGCUAUUUCGGCUCUGACGACGCUCGAUCGGAAGCUGGGGCGUCCGCUAUCGGUGGCGGAGACAUGUUCAAGAAUUUUGACACGCGCGAACAGAUGGCAGAGCGCGGAAAUGAAAAGAACCUCGAGGAAAUCGAGGAAUUCAAGGAUUCACCAAGCCGAAAGCGUUGGGUCUUUACAACCUACUUCCUCACCUGGUUCAUUCCCGACUUUUUGAUCCGCUGGGUGGGCCGUAUGCCUCGGAAAGACGUCCGCAUGGCAUGGAGAGAGAAGCUGGCCAUCAACAUGCUCAUCUGGCUCAUGUGUCUUGUUGCUGCCUUCUUCAUCGUGGUGUUCCCUAUGCUCAUUUGCCCGAAGCAAAACGUCUUCAGCGCCGCCGAGCUCUCUUCUCACAAUGGCAAAGAUGGAAACUCAGCUUACGUGUCCAUUCGCGGCUACGUAAUUGACUUGGGCGAGUUUGCGGAUCGUCAUUACCCCUAUUUCGUGACCAGAAAGAGCAUGUUAAACUAUGCUGGCAUGGACGUCAGCACUCUCUUCCCUGUGCAAGUAUCUGCUCUUUGCCAAGGCACAGAUGGUUCUGUGGACCCUGCGGUCACUCUAGAUUACAAGAACACCAACAUGACUGGAUUGGCAACCUUGAUCAACUCGCAGGAUCUGAACGCACAGUAUCACGACUUUCGCUAUUUCACCAACGAUUCGCGUCCCGAUUGGUAUCUCGAGCAGCUUAUCAUGCUCAAAGGAAACUACGGCAGGGGCAGAAUGGGGUUCUCCGAAGAAUUCCUUGCGAAACGUUCGAAGGGGCAGGUCAUGGCGAGGAUUAGAAACCGUGUCUAUGACUUGACUCCCUACACUACAGGUGGUCUUCGUCUUCGUGCCAAACCCGGCGAGCAACUUCCAGAUGACCCAAAGCUUGCCAACUUCUUGGAUCCAAAGGUCGUCGCACUUUUUCAGAGCCAAGCCGGCGGGGAUAUUACCAAGUUUUGGGACUCUCUUUCUCUUUCUCCCCAAGUCAAGGAACGCAUGCAAACAUGCCUAGACCAUCUAUUUUACGUCGGUGAGCUGGACACGAGAAACUCCACUCGGUGCAAGUUUGCUGAGUACUUGGUUCUUGCCGUCUCCAUUCUCCUGGUUUCAGUCAUUGCCUUCAAGUUCUUCGCUGCUCUCCAAUUCGGUGGAAAAAAUGUUCCCGAGAACCUGGACAAAUUUGUCAUGUGUCAGAUUCCCGCCUAUACCGAGGAUGAGGACUCCCUUCGUCGUGCCAUCGAUUCGGCGGCCAGGAUGCGCUAUGAUGACAAGCGUAAACUCCUGGUCAUCAUCUGCGACGGUAUGAUUAUCGGCCAAGGCAAUGACAGACCUACGCCUCGUAUUGUCUUGGAUAUUCUCGGUGUUUCGGAAACGGUAGACCCGGAACCUCUGAGCUUCGAAUCUCUCGGUGAAGGUAUGAAGCAACACAACAUGGGCAAGGUCUACUCUGGUCUGUACGAGGUGCAGGGUCACAUCGUUCCGUUCCUUGUCAUCGUCAAGGUUGGCAAGCCGUCCGAAGUGGCCCGUCCUGGAAAUCGUGGCAAGCGUGACUCUCAAUUGAUUUUGAUGCGAUUCCUCAACCGCGUUCAUUACAACUUGCCCAUGAGUCCUCUGGAACUGGAAAUGUACCACCAAAUUCGCAACAUCAUUGGCGUCAAUCCCACGUUUUAUGAAUUCAUGCUCCAAAUUGAUGCUGAUACCGUCGUCGCCCCCGACUCCGCCACUCGCAUGGUAUCGUCAUUUUUGGAUGACACACGGCUCAUCGCGGUUUGUGGAGAGACUGCACUGACGAAUGCAAAGUCGUCCUUCAUUACCAUGAUCCAGGUGUACGAGUACUAUAUCUCUCACAAUCUUUCCAAGGCCUUUGAAAGUUUGUUUGGCUCCGUCACCUGCUUACCUGGCUGCUUUUCCAUGUACCGAAUUCGAGCGGCGGAGACGGGAAAGCCUCUCUUUGUCAGCCGGGACGUGGUCGAAUCAUACGCUACUAUUCGCGUGGACACUCUGCACAUGAAGAACCUGCUGCAUCUCGGUGAAGAUCGAUACCUGACGACGCUGCUUCUCAAGUACCAUUCCAAGUACAAGACCAAAUAUCUGUUCACUGCUCACGCAUGGACGAUUGCCCCGGAUUCGUGGAAAGUCUUCCUGUCUCAACGACGUCGAUGGAUCAACUCUACUGUGCAUAACUUGAUUGAACUGAUGCCGAUGGCUCAGCUUUGCGGUUUCUGUUGCUUUAGUAUGCGUUUUGUGGUCUUCAUCGAUUUGCUCAGUACCAUCGUGCAACCCGUCACGGUUGCCUACAUUGCCUACUUGAUUGUUCUUGUUGCCACGAAGACGACCGUCGUUCCAAUCACGGCCUUCAUCUUGCUCGGUGCCAUAUACGGUCUCCAAGCCAUCAUUUUUAUCCUUCGUCGCAAGUGGGAAAUGGUUGGCUGGAUGAUUCUGUAUGUCUUGGCUGUACCCGUCUUCAGCUUCGGCCUGCCGUUGUAUGCCUUCUGGCACAUGGAUGACUUCAACUGGGGUACUACUCGUGUAGUCGCCGGUGAGAAGGGCAAGAAGGUUGUUAUAUCAGAUGAAGGCAAAUUCGACCCCGGCUCUAUACCGCGUAAGAAGUGGGAAGAAUACCAGGCCGAACUGUGGGAGACUCAGACCUCUCGCGACGAUAGCCGCUCAGAGAUUUCUGGCAUCAGCUAUGGAACCAAGGCGCAGGGUGUGGUGUCGGAAUACGGGUUCCCCAGCCGACCCGAUUCCACCACGGGCUUCGCAGCUCACGCAUUACCGUACGAGUCUCGCAACAACUCACGCAUGUCGCUUGCUCCCUCGGAUGUGGGUCACCACCGCAUGAGCCAGUUUGGAGGCUCCCAGUUCUUCAAUCCUGACGACAUGGUUGGUCUGCCUAGCGAUGACGCGCUUUUGGCCGAGAUUCGGGAUAUUCUGAAGACGGCGGACCUGAUGACCGUCACCAAGAAGGGCAUCAAGCAGGAACUGGAGCGUAGGUUCGACGUACCUUUGGAUGCAAAGAGGGUAUACAUUAAUAGCGCUACCGAGGCUCUCUUGUCUGGCCAACUAUGA